AACAAUGGCAGAGAGUUUAGUGGAAUCCUGUACAGUUUUAGGUUUGUCUGUAAGUUCUUUCUUYAGAAACAGCUAUGUCUUCACCAACAAGGCAAGUUAGUGUMCGAAGGCUCCCGCCAUUACCGAAYCAGGCACAAAUCAAGCCAAUUCUCAAAGAAAAUGGGACGAGUUUUGAAGACGGAUUACUACAUAAAAGUCGUGGACGAGGUCUUUCAGAGCAACAAGUAAAAGAAUACUUAUCAUCAAAUCCUAACGUGUUAGACGAGCUUGUAGUCGARAUAGCAAGUCGUGAACAGUUAGAGAGAUGGCUUAUAAGAAAAACACAUCUGGGUCGUUUGGAUCCCUCGUCGUCUGAACAUGUAAAUGUCUCCCUGUCAAGAUGGAAGUUUUGUGUUCAUUCAGACAAACGCAAAAUGCUCCAACAGUURACGAAGGACAUAAAUCAACAACCGCAAAAAGCACGUGUUAUGAAUGAACUGGUUAAAAGUAUAGCUGCAGCGACCCACGCUGAUAGACAUUCUCUKUAUCUUGUGGACAAGAAUGGGACUGAUAUCUUUCUCUACUCCGAAUCCAAACCAAGGUGUCGUACACUCUGCCGACAACUCAUUGGUAAAGGUAGCACUGUCGCAGCGUAUGUAGCAGAGAGUGGUGAAAGUGUUUUCGUCAAGGAUAUUCUCGGGGAUGACAGAUUUCCGAAGGGUAUUGGAAUUGAGGAUAGUACAGCCCAGUCCGUGCUCUGUCAGCCGAUCAUCCAAUCAGAUGGCAUAUUGGUUGGUAUUGUUGAGCUUGUCAAGUCCUUGGGGAGUACCCCAUUUGAAAAAGAAGAUGAAGAGAUUCUGAAUAGUUACUUGGUAUGGGGCAGUAUAGCCAUUCAYCAUGCAGAGAUUUCAAAACAGAUUCAAAAGCAAAAAGACUUGAACAGCUUCUUAUUAAAUGUUGUAAGGUCAAUAUUUGACGAAAUUUGUACCAUGGACGUCGUCAUUGAAAAAAUUAUGGCAUUCGCUAAGAAGCUUGUCAACGCAGACCGCUGUUCACUAUUCAUGUUGGACAACAAAAACAACGAACUUUACUCGAACCUUUUUGACGAGGGAGACGAAGAUGGGACUGGGUUCAAAUUUAGAAAUGGACGCGAAAUAAGGUUUUCCGUGUCGAAAGGCAUUGCGGGAUAUGUGGCCUCGAAAGGAGUUAUCCUCAACAUACGAGAUGCCUAUCGGGAUCCACGAUUUAACCGCGAAGUGGACAUGACUACAGGCUACACUACACGUAAUAUACUAUGUGUACCAGUAAGAUGUAAAGGAAGCAUCAUUGGUGUCGUACAGAUGGUCAACAGUUAUCGCGGAUUCUUUUCGUCAGAAGACGCCGAGGCAUUUGAAAUGUUUGCUGGAUAUUGUGGCCUUGCGUUACACUAUAGUCAGAUUUAUAAUUCGCUAUCCCGAGCACAACAAAAGCACCAAGUUGCGCUUGAAGUGUUAAGUUAUCACUGCAGUGGUCAAGAGAAGGAAGUAGAGGAAACGAUUAUGAAUUCUCAUCUGAUUCAAAUGCCGCAGGAAUUUAAGAGUUGGGAUUUCGACAUCUACCAAGAUGACGAUACGUUAACACACUACUUUGUCAACAUGACAAGAGAAGUUUUUGAAAUAUGUCAAGUCAGGGUGGACUUCGACACGAUCGUGCGAUUUACAAUAAUGGUUCGAAAAAGCUAUCGAAACAUACCAUACCAUAAUUGGGCGCAUGCGUUCUCGGUAUCUCACAGUAUUUAUGUCAUGCUACGUAAAAACGACUCGAUUCCAAAUAUAGAGAAACUUUUCCUGUACAUCGCCGGCGUUAUACAUGACGUCGACCACCGCGGUAAAAGUAACGCAUUCAUGCUUCAAUCAAAUACACCAUUAGCCAACUUGUACACAACCUCAACCAUGGAAUGGCAUCACUUCCAUCAAGGAAUAUUUAUCUUAGAGAGAGAUGGACAUAAUGUAUUUGGGAAUUUGAACUCAAGCGACUAUCGAAAGGUAUUAGAAGGGAUMCAGGAAUCCAUUUUGGCGACUGACCUGGCGACAUUCUUUGGAAAUAAAAAUAGACUGGAAAAGAUCAACCAAGACAAUUCAUUCUGCUGGAAAAACGAAGAACACAGGAGUCUUGUGCGCCGUCUAYUGAUGACUGCGUGUGAUUUGUGUGCAUCUGCUAAGCCAUGGAAUAUACAAAAAAUGGCUGUUAAAAAAGUCUUUGAAGAAUUCUAUAUUCAGGGUGAYGAAGAGAAGCAGAGAGGAGUAGAACCGUUGCCAAUGAUGGACAGAAAUAGAAAAAAAGAACUCCCUCAGAACCAGGUGGGGUUCCUGAAGGGCAUUGUUAAGCCAUGUUAUGCUACUCUUGAUGAAAUAAUGCCGGACAUGGAUUGUAUGAUAAAAAACAUAGAUUGUAAUAUAUCUCAAUGGGAAAAAAUCGACACUCGACAGAGAUCGCAAGCAGCCUUGCUCAUUCCAGAAGAAGAGAGAAUUCAGCGCUCUCUAUCGUUCAUCGAUUAUUGAAUCGACACAUUUCUACAUAACUUUGUAUAGAUCUUUUUUAUUAGAUAUUUGAUAGUGACAAAUGCCUUGUACAGUUGUAAAAAAAUAAAGGCCUAUUUUCGUGUA